UGUCACAUCCGGCCCACUGACGGUCUGCGAGCUCGUAGAGGCUAAAAGCAUGGCAGACGCCGGUGUCGCGGAAUUGCUUCUGAAAAAGCUAGAGUCCGCCGAUAGUGGUGUUGAUAGCCAAGAUGUGGCCCGUGAUCUUUCGGUGGACCACCAAGUUAUUGUCGGCGCGGUCAAAAGUCUCCAAUCCCUGGGAGAUUUAAUCUCAGCCGAGCAGCGGUCGUCGAAGCACUGGGAGCUCACUGGCGAGGGACAGGAGACUGUGGAGCAGGGUAGUCAUGAAGCUCGCGUCUUCAAAGCCAUCCCCGAUGAUGGUCUUCCUCAAAGUGAACUCAUGAAACUGCCCAGUGGGAAGGUGGGCUUCAGCAAAGCCAUGUCCAACAAAUGGAUCCGCGUGGACAAGGCUCAUGAGGGUGGCCCCCGGAUCUUCAGAAUGGUGGAGACCAUAGAAGAUUCGGUCCAGGAGAAGCUGGUGCAGAUCCAGAAGGGCAUUGCUGAUGAGGUGGACGAGAAGGAGAAGAACGAACUGAAGAAACGCAAACUGCUGGCAGAAGUGACGGUGAAGUCGUACUUCAUCACCAAAGGCCCAUCCUUCAGCACCACCAUCACCAAGCAGGAAACUGACCUCACCCCGGAGAUGAUCGCCAGUGGAAGCUGGAAAGAGAAGUCAUUCAAGCCCUACAAUUUUGAGGCUCUGGGAGUCACUCUUGACUGUGGACACCUCCAUCCCCUCAUGAAAGUGCGAACACAGUUCAGACAAAUCUUUUUGGAGAUGGGGUUCACAGAAAUGCCCACCAACAAUUACAUCGAGAGCUCUUUCUGGAACUUCGACUCUCUCUUUCAGCCCCAGCAGCACCCUGCACGAGACCAGCACGACACAUUCUUCCUCUCGGACCCAGCGGUGGCCACAGAGUUUCCUCAGGACUACCUGGAGAGAGUAAAGAAGGUUCAUUCUGAGGGCGGCUAUGGAUCACAGGGGUAUAAGUAUGACUGGAAGAUCGAGGAAGCCAAGAAGAACAUCCUGCGCACACACACCACUGCUGUAAGCGCGCGCAUGCUCUACAACCUGGCACAGAAGUGCAUACAAGAAGCAAAGAACAAGGUAGAGACAAAAGAAGGGCAGCCUAAAAAACAGAAAAGAGGUGGUAAACGAAGAAAGAAAAGGAGCAACGAGCCCAAGUUCACGCCGGUGAAGUACUUCUCCAUCGACAGGGUGUUCCGGAAUGAGACUCUGGACGCCACUCACCUGGCCGAGUUCCACCAGAUCGAGGGUGUGGUGGCUGACUACGGCCUCACUCUCGGAGACCUCAUGGGCGUCCUCCAUCAGUUCUUCACUAAAUUAGGAAUCACUAAGCUGCGCUUCAAGCCAGCCUACAACCCAUACACGGAGCCCAGUAUGGAAAUCUUCAGCUAUCAUGAAGGCUUGAAGAAGUGGGUGGAGGUGGGUAACUCCGGGGUGUUUCGGCCCGAGAUGCUGCUGCCAAUGGGCAUCCCUGAAGGGGUGUCUGUCAUCGCCUGGGGCCUGUCUCUGGAGAGGCCCACCAUGAUCAAGUAUGGCAUCAACAACAUCCGCGAGCUGGUGGGACACAAGGUCAACCUACAGAUGGUCUAUGACGGCCCCAUCUGUCGACUAGACUCUUGAAUUUCCCCUCCUUUGGCAGGUAUCCAACUCCGCGUCCUGACAAGCCCUCUACAAAGGACUUCCGACUUUUUUUUUUACACCAACAUCUUUCCAGGCCUCUGUGCUCAUGCUGCUGUCGCUGUCGACGUGUAGCUGCUGGGAGACCCCAUAAUACUCUGUCUACUCUGCCAGAAGAGGAGGGGGGCGGUGGUGUUGUUAUUUGACAGCAUGAGGGAUGCUGGCUAUAACACGCCAUGUUUUUUGGAAAAGUACCGGUAAUCACUUGUUCCAAAGUGAACAGUGGACUUGGAACGCAAAUGUAUUCACCAGCUGAUAGAACGUUUGAUGGCACUAACCUGGAAUCAGUAUAAGUUCUCUUUGGCGAGGGGUGGCCUGGAAGGACUGAUAAUGGUACGAGUGGAUGCUCUGUUGUAAGAACCCAGAAUCUGUCCCCCUUUUCCCCUCCUCUAUGUUUGUAAAAUAAAAAAUGAAAGCCUAAA